AUGAAAUGUCCUGUGUACAUCGCAAGGUGUAGGCAGUGUGGUAACACGCGCCGUACAUAUAAUGACCCCCGACUUCGGCGUAGUGUAAUUGAAUGUAAAGCUGCUUGUUUCGAGUCUCAUUAUGAGUGGGAUUUUGUCGAAGAGUGCAAGAUGGAUGACGAAGAAGAAGAAGAACGAAAGAAAAAAGAGGCGAUGAAGGGAGAUGGUGUCACAUCCGAGAACCUUUCUCCCACAGGAGCCCCACCUGCAGUAGAGGAAACUACAUCAUCGAAGAGAAAGCGAAAAGGAUUCAGAAAUUGUAUUGUAGCAUGA